UUGUGGUUUCUUUGAUGCAGCCUGAAAGAAAGGGGUUAAACAGUAAAUGAAGGGUCCCGUGACAGUUAAAAACAAACACAAUGACAAUACAAUGGCAUAAUAUACUUCCACACGGCAGGAAUUCACUUAAAGAGGCUAGCAUCUAUUCUAUGUAGCUGCUGUAUUUUGCCUGGCAAAGAAGCUCAGAAAAACAUAAUCCUUUGAAAAAUGUUGUGCUGUUUAAAAUCCUUACCUGUUGCUGCGCUUUACUUCAGCCCACUUCGGUAUCAUGCCAUAGCUAGAAAAACAACAAGAAACGGCUAGCGCACUUUGCUAACACACAUGCAUGUGCAUGGAUACAGUUCCAGUUUACUUUUAUCCAACAAUGUUACUCCACUAAACUGAUAACAUUAUCAAAUAUUGACAGAUAAAAAAAAAAAAAUAAAAAAAAAAUCUAUCAAACUUACAUGAGCAAACAGUUGUUUGUAAUGAUAUGGCUUACUAGUGCCACUCUCUGCAUCUCUCUCCUGGCACACUCCUAAACACAGGUAAAUUUACAUGAGGACGCAUUGGUAAAUUAACCUAACAUUGCAAAAUAUGAGCUAAGUUACCUUGUUGAAGUCAAAUCCUAAAGAAAUUGUGGAAUCUCCUCAGUUUCUGCUGCUGAAAAAAGUCCUGCUCAAAAUUUCUUUAUUGUGAUUCACAGUAAAAAAUAUAUUUACUGUAGAAUUUACCACCAUUAAAAUUUAACCAUGAUGCUUUGCAGAUUUACAGCAACAUGCUGUAUACAGGUUCUACAGUAAGGAUUUAUUCAUUUUACAGUAAUAAUGCUGUGAAAACUACAGAAAUUUGUUACAGUGUAACUAUAAAGAUAACUAUAACUAACUAUUAUUAGUGUCCACACCAAUGCAUGAUAACAAUCCGUUUAUUAUAAGUGCACGCUACAGUUUUGUCGUCUGCCGCUUUAAAUACUGUUAAAAAAUUAAAAUAGCUUUUUAAAGUUGGGAGAAUUCUGAUUGGCUGUCAAUGUUUUUAUUGUUCCUCAGCUCAAAACAAAACAAUAAAUUCUGAAAGUGAUUCCAAUGAAAAUGUUCUUCUGUGUUGUUGUCGGUUUAGUUGUGGUGCGGACUAAUCUUAAAAUGAUUUUUAAAACUAUUGAAUUUUAAGGAUUUUUUUAAGGAACUAAGGAUUUUUAAAUCUUUACUGUUAUUGUUAUAGUUAUCGUCCUGAACGACAGCUGAAACUUCGUAUUACUAGCACUUCUUAUGUUUAUUGCCUCUUUAAGAUGAAUUGUUUGUUGUAUUUCUCAAUUGUAAUUGAAAUCUACUAAAUUAAUAAAUGUACAAUGAAAGAGCAUUAAACUAAACUCUAAUAUUCUUAUAGGUGAGAACAGAACAGCUGCAUUAGCCCUUAGCCAGAAGGUCAGUGUUAUGCUGGGUAAUGACGCAGCCUCAACACCUGGAAUCUAGAACCCGACAUGUGCGUGACACAUGGGGCAAACACUGCAACAUCGUUCUGUACAUGAGCUCGAAGGAGUCUGACUUCCCCACGGUAGGGCUCAACGUGUCAGAAGGACGCAGUCAACUCUACUGGAAGACCAUUCGGGCCUUUCAGCACAUUCACAAGAACCAUCUUGAAGAUGCUGAUUGGUUCCUCAAAGCUGACGAUGACACAUUUGUUGUCCUUGAGAAUUUGCGCUACAGUCUUUCCAAACACAACACAGAGGAGCCGCUGUAUUUUGGACGUAGGUACGUACCAUUCGUUGCUCAGGGCUACAUGAGUGGAGGAGCUGGUUACGUCCUCAGUAAGGAAGCUUUGAGGAGAUUUGUGAAGGGUUUUGCUGAUGGACUUUGCACACACAACACAGAAGUUGAGGAUAUUGGAUUGGGACGAUGCAUGGAGACAAAGAAAGUUAAGACGGGUGAUUCCAGAGACGUGUUGGGGAGACAAACCUUUCACCCUUACCCUCCAGACUAUUACCUGCUCAGACAGCUACCCAGACCACGACCUUGGUACCUCCUCUAUGAGCAUUAUGACCCUGUUGAGGGCCCUGGAUGCUGUUCAGAUUUAGCCAUCUCUUUCCACUACAUGAAUGCAGUAGGAAUGCACACACUAGAGUACUACACCUAUCACUUACGCCCAUACGGGUAUAAAUACAGAUUUAACCCAGAUUAACUCUUAAAUAAUAGAAA